AUGGCCAAAAAUCCACAGUCAGUCGCCGUGAUUGGCACUGGCAUGGCUGGUCUCAUCACAGCAUACAUACUAAGGUCAGAUCCAGGUAGAUUUGAUGUUGAGGUUUUCGAGAAGCAAGAUAAACUCUCAUUAGACUCGGCCUCAAUCACGCCCUCCAAUACCAACCUUUCUCACACGUCAGUCUGGGGUCGUAUUGACCUACCCAUGCGAGUCUUUGCGAGUGGUUUCUACGAGAAUCUGAAACGAAUGUAUGAACACUUUGACGUCCAAUUUUCCUCCCCACGAUUUAUUUAUACCUUAUCGACUGUUUCAAUUAAAUCAAAUACUUCAAUACGCCCGAAAUUUAUCCAUUCCUCUAAUAAUCACCAAAUUCCCCCAUUGCGACCUGAGGGUCUCUCCUGGGGAAGUUGGCUGCUGGAGGUCAUUUAUCUAGCAAUUUGCUACUACUGGUUCACGGCUUGCUGUUUCUUCAUACCUCCGAGAGAGAUCGAAGAUUCAAAUGGAGGGGAGUCGUUCCGUUCGUACCUGGAAAGGAUCUACUUGCCAGAUUAUUACGUUCAGGAAUACCUCCUCCCGUUAAUGUCAUGCGUAACGACCUGUACGCAUAAGGCUCUUCUGAAUUUCCCGGCAAUCGACAUCAUUGACUAUGAAACGAAAACUUUCCGCAAGCCUCACUAUACUGUUCUUGGCGGCGUGAACAGGGUGCAAGACAAGCUGGCCAAGGGUCUCAAAGUGAGAUACUGCUCGACAGUGACUCAAGUUCAAAAUAUCGAUAACAAAGUCAAAGUCACCUGGAAUGAUGAGCAAAGCAGUUCGGUGUUUUCAGCCCUGUUUGAUCAUGUCAUCAUGGCCGUGACUCCAGAUGUUGUCGGCGCAAUCUUCACACCACUCGAAUCUACAAUGGCUAAAAUACCCAUUUCAUACGUGUAUACAGUGGUCCACCAAGAUGUGGAAAGAUUCUCAGAAUGCAGGGACGCCAUGAAGGAACGGAUCUCUCCAGAUCAAGGUCCGUUCUGUUCUCAAGCUAUUCACAUAUGCUCCAAUAACUUGGAAACAGAGUCCACGCAUGAGCAUCCGUCGUCAUUACUUAUUUCGACCUCACCAAUUGUCCCUAUUGACCCCAAGAAAAUACUACAUACCGUCACUUUCACUCGGGUUUUGCGGACCCCAACAAGUCGGCAAAUCACGCGAGAAAUAUUUGACACCCAGUUCCCCCAAAGCUUGAGUGAGAAAUCGAAACCGCAAUGGCGUAAUGGGGACGGCAAUGUUUGGCUUGUUGGUGGUUGGUGUUGGGAUGGAAUGGUCAUGCUCGAGGGGUGUAUUGCCUCCGCUCUCCGGAUUGCUGACAAACUAGAUAUAGAAGUUCCAUGGAUACCACAUAAUGUGGACCCGGAGCACAAAUUCCUGGCUGCUGUGCGGGAAAUUGCACUGAUCUCGGUGCUCAUAUUACCAAUUGCGGAACCUUGUCAAGGAACCACACCGGCUUGUUGCUACGGUAGUUGUGCGGAUCUCGACAACUCUUUGAGUAAAUGCGGAAGCUGUGCUGCUAUUCCAUGUUUCGGACUUCAACCAGCUUGUUGCCAUGGUGUAUGCUAUGACCUGGCAAGUAAUUUGCAGCGUUGUGGAAACUGUACUUCGCCACCAUGUACCGGAAUGCUUCCAGCCUGUUGUUCAGGAGUUUGUGCUGACUUGACUGCAUCCACCGCCAAUUGCGGCCUGUGUGGUAUCAAUUGCACAGGUGCCCAGCCAGCAUGCUGCUCUGGUAUAUGCACUGAUCUUGCUACUAGCACUCUGCACUGCGGUGCUUGCAAUGCUACUGUUUGCCUAGGUAUCUUGCCAGCAUGCUGCGCAGGUGAAUGCACUGAUAUCGCCACCGAUGUUGAUCACUGUGGAAAUUGCAACACAACAUGUACUGGAAUACAGCCUGCCUGCUGUUUAGGAGGCUGUGUUGAUCUUGCAGCUGAUCCCAAUCAUUGUGGAGCAUGCCUUGCUCUUCCUUGUCUUGGGCUUACACCGGGAUGUUGCUCUGGAACAUGUGUUGAUCUGAGCUCAACGUCCAGUCACUGUGGCACCUGUAAUACAGUGUGUCCACCAACUGCCUCUUCAUGCUGCGGUGGUAUUUGUACUGACCUUUCUUCGAAUAAUAGUCGUUGCGGUGCCUGUGUCGCUAUUCCGUGUCUAGGAAUACAGCCCGCUUGCUGCAACGGAACCUGUACAGAUCUCGCUCUCAGUAUAACUCACUGCGGAACAUGUACAGCUGCAGCUUUACAACAUUCUGCGGAAACUGUUUUUCUCCUCCUUGUUCAGGAGCUCGCCCUGCGUGCUGUACCGGAUGUAUUCCCGGCCCUGGAGGAGGUGCCUGUGUCAACGGGCUCUGUAUCAGCUGCCCAGCAGCAUCGCCAUUCUGUCCCUCGGCAGGAUUAUGCUGUCCCACUGGUACAAAUUGUAUCGCAGGUGGACCACUUCCUGGCUGUUGUCUGA